AUGAAGAAACUUUGCGUGACUGAACUGCUCGGACCACGGCAGCUUGAAAGGUCCUCUGGAGUUAGAAGUCAAGAGAUCUUGCGGUUCAUGAAUAAAUUGUUGGAGAAAGCUAGCCAAAAUGAGGUUGUUGAUUUGGGUGCCGAGUUAGCCAAGCUUACAAACAAUGUUACGUGCAGGAUGGUGAUGAGCACAACGUGUUCAGAGGAAGAUGGAGAGGCUGAGAAGUGUAGGGAGCUUGUGAAGGAGUCAUUUGAAUUGGCUGCAAAGUUGUGUUUUGGGGAAGUUUUGGGUCCUUUGAAAUCUUUGGGAUUUUGGCUAUAUGGAAAACAGGCUAUGAACUUGACCAACAGAUAUGAUGAAUUGUUUGAAAGAAUUCUGAAAGAGCAUGAAAACAGCGGAAGCAGAGAGGCAUGGAAGAAUGAGCAAGUGGAUUUGGUAGAUGUUCUUUUACAUGUGUAUCAGGAUGAAAAGGUCGAGGUCAAGAUUACCAAGACACAAAUCAAGGCUUUUUUGCUGGAACUAGACAAUAUGGAUCGUGACCAAUGUGAAAGUACGGUACAAAAUUUUGGUUUUGUUCCUUUUGGGGGAGGAAGAAAAGGCUGUCCAGGGACGAUGGUGGCUUACAACUUGAUUUAUACUGUAAUUGCAGCCAUGGUUCAAUGUUUUGAUUGGGAGGUUAAGGGACAGGUAGCUGAGGCCAAGGUUAACGUGGAAGCUGGAUCAGGCAUGUCCAUGGGCAUGGCUCAUCCACUUUUAUGUCUUCUUGUGGUUUACUUCAACCCUCUUACUGCUAAAAGAUAA